GGCAUGUUCAACGCAUCUUUCUGUCACUUGAAUCCAGGACUGAAUGAAACAAGACGUGUGGAAAUUGUUGUUUUGAUUUAUAAACUGAGUGCAUGGAUUUUGAAAAGUUGCAUUAGAUGCAACUCUCAUAGAGAUGGUGAUUUGAAGGCAAACAAAGAGAAAAGCACGCUAAACACGGGGAAUUCCCGGUUAGUGUUGUUGUGGACCAGUCAUGGAUGAUGUGGACCUCCGAGAGCAAGUGUUCCACAAUGCCGUUCGGGAGUAUAUUCUGUUUUUCUGGUUGUUCAUCCUACUGUAUGUUAGCUCAUACGCUACCAUCUGUUUCUACAAGAAGAAAGCUGACACCGAUGACUAUUACGCAGGAGGUGACGAUGCAGUUGUGUACAGAAUAGCGUUGUGGCUAUGUACCUUCACCCUGGCUGUGUCAGCAGGCGCCGUCCUUCUCUUACCCAUUUCUAUUGUCAGCAAUGAGGUCCUCCUUCUCUAUCCCAAAAGCUACUAUGUCCAGUGGCUUAACAGUUCACUCAUCCAUGGUUUGUGGAACCACAUCUUCCUCUUCUCCAAUGUGGCCCUCUUCAUCCUCAUGCCAUUUGCCUACUUCUUCACAGAGUCUGAAGGAUUCAGCGGUUCAAGAAAGGGGAUUCUGGGUCGUGUCUACGAGACCACUGUUGUGCUGGUCCUACUGGCUGUGCUAGUCUUUGGGCUGGCCUGGGUGGCCUCUGCUCUCCUAGAUGAUGACAACUCCAGCAGAGAAGCCCUGUUUGAUGUAUGGAACUUCUACCUACCCUAUUUGUAUUCCUGCAUAUCUCUUCUAGGGGUCCUCAUCCUGCUCUUAUCUACACCUAUGGGAUUUGCACGUAUGUUCACAGUUAUCGGACAACUGGUGGUGAAACCCAAGUUUUUGCGAGAUGUAGAGGAAGAGCUGUCUACUGUGAGAUUAGAUGAAGAAGACUUGAGGAGAAAACUUCAGUAUAAUCACCAUUCCUCAUCAACAAUAGCAAAUGGUCAUGCUACCAAAGAGGAUUUACACAGUGAACUACAGGAAGUGAAGAAGAGACGGAUAGAGUUAGAGCAGAGAGCAAAGGUGUCGGCAUGGAGAAGAAAUCUGGGCUAUCCCCUGGCAAUGCUGGCACUGCUGGGGCUGACAGGCAUUUUACUCUUGAUGGUUGCUCAAAAUACAUUUCAAGUUUUAAUAGGGAUUAAAGCUCUGCCAGUUGGGGCAAAGGAAGCAGUACUGGGGAUUGCAUCUAUGUCCGCCUUUGGGUCUUUCGGAGCUGGUCUUGAGAUUGUUUUAAUUCUGUAUUUAAUGUUAGCAUCUGUGAUGGGCUUCUAUUCACUACCAUUCUUUGGUCGGCUAGCCCCAGAACUUCACAAUACCACCAUGGUCAAAAUAAUGGGCAACUGUAUUCUCAUUUUGGUGUUAAGUUCAGCACUACCUGUCCUGUCUCGUACACUAGGUGUGACAAACUUUAAUCUGCUGGGAGAUUUCGGAAGGAUGGAGUGGUUGGGGAACUUCUACAUUGUGCUGUCUUACAAUGGACUAUUUGCUGUGGCUACAGCUCUCUGUUUGGUCAACCGAUUUACUGCCACAGUCAGAAGAGAAAUUUACAUCCGAUUAAAAAUGGCUUUUAAUCGUGAAAAAAGGUCUAUGUCAAUAUCUACAGGGAAUGGCUCAAUAGGUUUAAAAGAGGAUUGAGAUAAAGGUGCCAUCAAGGUGUGAGAUUUAAAUCUCACCUUUGAACUGAGCAGUAUUACCAGCACCUACAGUCCCAUGAGUGCCAGUACAUUAUCACUUUAAGCCAGGGUCAGAAUUGUGUGAAGAGUUAGGCUAGACAUGCCAGUGCUGUAGAAUGAUGAAGACAAAAUCAGUGCCAUUGGAUUGCACACUCACUGUCUGUGGUAGAAUUCAACUCUUACUUUGGUUGGGUUUACAUGUAUCUCUUGUGUUGUCAUGGUUCAGCUCUUACAUAGGCAUGAUUCAG